UAGGUGGACAGGGACCCUUCUGCGUUUCGGUGUUGUGGGGAACGACGGCCGUUCUCCUGGUCUUUCUUGGGCUUCGCACUUAUACCCGGGUUGUCUGUGUUGCUUCCUAUGGGGUUGAUGACACAUUGUUCAUCAUAUCGACGGUGUGUAUGUGGGUGCCUGUUUCGGAAACUUUAUUUCUGCAGCUGAUGACGGUGCUCAUGCUCGGCCUAGAUUCUCAUGGUCAUAUUUGUGGUCCUCAUUACAAUCGCAUGCUUACAUAGCUUCGGAAGAGAUAAUCUCGGCCUCGCUGAGAAGGCAGAGAUGACAUUCUGGCGAGUUGUCGCACAAUCGGUAGCCAUGCUAGCGACUGGCACUUCGAAAGCGCCUGUUGGGUUGUUCCUGCUGCGCUUGGUUGCCAAACCAUGGCACAAGGUUUCACUAUGGACUGUAAUCAUCAUCAUGGCCAUCUUAUCGCUCGUUUCGACGAUCCUCACCUGGGCUUCCUGCACCCCAGUGGCAUUAAUGUGGGACGAUCGGAUCAAAAACGCGACCUGUAUCGAUUCGACGCCUGUCACUGCGGCACUAGCUGUCUCCACCAUCCUGGCCGACAUGGUGUACGUUGGGCUGGCAUGGAUAUUUAUCUGGAAGCUCCCUAACCCGCGGAGGGAAAAAGUUCUGCUCGCUUUCAGUUUUGGCUUGGGUAUCUUGUAAGUGUCGGCAACAUGUGACAUUUCGACCAGCCGCUGACGGCCGAGCUCUGCUACAGGGCGGCGAUUGCAGGAGUGCUUCGCCUCUACUCCGCCAUCGUUUUUGCUAUCCGUGACCGCCG